AUGAUAACGAAAGAGAAGCUGAUGAUGAUUGUUUGCAGUUUAGGAUUGAACCUGACUUUUAUUUUUGGAAUGGUUGAGGUGACCCAUAGGAAUUCCCUGGGGCCACAAUGGAGGAAAUGGACCUGGGUAUCAGACCGUGAUCUCAUGAUGAAUGGAGCAUUCUUUGUUCAAUCAGGAGACUUAGCUGGGGCUAGGACAUACGCCGGCCUCGAGUUGAUUAGAGCAGCUCCAGGGUCAGCCGUUUCUUCCCUCACAAGCAUGGGUUCUGUCCAACUAUGCACUCAAAUUUGGGCAAGUGGCAGCCUUACCAUUCACACCCAUACCACUUGAUCUGAAGUGGGGUUUUGCAGAAGUGCAAAAUGUCGACUUUUCUCUCUCGUUGUCUACCCAUUUUUAGCCCCCAAAAACUUGCAGCUGAUCAACAACAUGGAAGAAGAAACGAUGGAGGAAAUCACCUUCCUCAUCGAUAAACUUCGUGGUUCUUUGUGGCCGCUGCUGUUGAAGAGAGGGCCGCUUGGGAAAUUAGGGCCGCUGUCACCGAAGAGAGUGACCGAAAUCAGUAUUGGUUGGUGGGCUUCAUCGAUUUUAUAGUAUUUUUUGAGGUUUUUCUUACCAAACUAAUUGUUUUGACCGAAAUUCGUAACCUUUA